GGGUGGCUGUAGACUACGUGUCCCACCAUGCCCUGCGUGACACCAUUUGAACUGUAAAGUGGCGGCGCAGCGGGGAAAGGCCUAGACAGUUGUGUGGUCUGUUGACAUUAUUACAGGAUGCCUGGACGGUCAACCAUAAUGCCUGUGAUCUCCUUCAACUCUGUGGAUUCAGCAGUGUCUUCUCUGAAAACAUGUCAUGUGUCUAUUAACACUGGAAUUGAAGUCACAACAGAUGUUGCUCUUGCACUUACUGAGCUUGAAGCUGCUGCAGAAGAUAUAAGCAACAUGGAAAAACUGAUGCUGGAUUAUGUUUCUAUGGACCAAGAGCUUGAGCAAUUUGUACAGGCUGUAGAUGAAGUCACACACCAGAUAAAGCAAGAGCGACCUGAACGAAUGCCUGAUUUGAAAGCUUUAGUAGAUAAAAGAUUUAAUGAGCUGAAAAAUCUGAACAAAGAAGAGGAUCUAAUCAAAAGUGAUAAAUAUAUACACUUUAAAGGUCAGCUGAAGGAGAUGAGAAAGCAAGUCGGCGCUGAAUCACAAAAUGAGAGCCCUUCAGCCAAUGAGAUUGACGAAGAUAUUGCUGUGACCCAGAGCCAGAGAAAUUUCAUUUGCCCCAUUACACAGAGGGAAAUGGAAUGUCCUGUGAAGAAUAAAGUUUGUGGUCACAGCUAUGAAGAGGAAGCCAUAAUAAAAAUAAUUCAGAACAAGCACAAACAGAAGAAGAAAGCCAGGUGCCCUGUUGUUGGAUGUGAAAAUGGAGAUAUGAAUCAAUGUGAUCUUUCAACGGACACAGCUCUGAGAAGAGCUAUUGAAAAUCACAAAAAACAUCAAGUGAGAUGAUUAUUUGUCACAUGUUCAACAGGCAAUUGUGAAGAAGAAGGUGUCAGAUCCAAAUAUUUGGACGGAUGUCUUGUGGAAGAUUAGAGUUCUGGUUAAUCACUAAUAAUUAUAUAGUUUGACUAAGAUUGAUAUUGAGUUCUAUUUGAAUUCUGUGUGAUCGAUUUUGAUGAUAGCACGUGUACAAUGUUUAAAAUAGAAGUUGAGGUUAAAGUUACGAACAGAAAUCCUUAUUCCAACCUAAACAUCGGUUAUGCCACUGAAACGUAUUCAGGGAAAAUUGAAAAUAAUAUUUUAAACUAAAUAUUUACUUUUCUCAGGGAACAGUAUUGAACUAUGAACUGUGUAGCAAAGGAUUUCUUACCAAAAUGUAUAUGUUGUCAUUCAGUAUUUUCUGCAUCUUUCUUAAAAUGCAAAUAAUGCUUUGAUACACAACACAAAGCUCCCCAAGUAAAUUUUUUUUAAUCAUUUAUCACUACUGCUUGGGAUUUCCCUUUAUAAUUAUAUUCCUUGUUUCAUGCAUCCAUAAUAAAAUUGGCUUGUUUUCUAGUUUUCCUCGAUAACUUAGGUUCAGAAAAUCAUACAUUGCAAGCAAAGCAUGUUGCAAUACAAUGCAAAUGAUCAAUAAUUAUGAGUAGUUGAUAGUACAUAUUUAGUAAUGCAAAGGUUUGGGACCAUAGAAAUCAGCCGCAAGAAUGAUGAGGCACUCUACCUGAAGGUUUGUGUUCAUCCCCUAACCAGAGUUCUCUUAAUUGGAUAGUUCUUUCACUCACAAAUUGUGAUAAAGUCACCAAUGCUCCUUUAAGUUAAAUCCUUCCUGUCUGUGACAAUGGCUCAAUGUUUGAGGAGCAGCAACUUUGACACUCUCAGAACUGCAUUGAAGUAUUAGGCUAAGUUAUGUAAUUAAACCUUGGAGUGAAACUGUGGCGGUCAGCCGACUGAAUGAAAGACAAGAUCGAUACCAACCAGCUAACUUCAAGCUGGUAAAGUGGCCUUUUUUUUUGCAGGCAGCCCUUGCUUGUUUUUAAAUUUGAAGUUAUUUGAAGUUUGUAAAUGUUUUUCUGUGUUUCACUUCUGUUCCUUUUUCUCCUCAUCUGAAGAUGACAACUUCAAGCCAUAGAAUGAUGCAGUGCAGAGAGUGCCCUUUCUCCUCGUUUCUCUACAGCCAUAAUGAAUAUUGUAGAGCACACUUAUUUAGUGUAGUGGCAGAUUUAUUUUGUAUCUUGCCAAAAUACUUCUCUUCAUGGAGUUAUCAAGACAACAGUCAAUUCAAAUGUAACUUGUAAAAACUGUCACAAAUUGCUGGGAUUGUGCUUAGUUACCAAACCCUGAUCCUUUUGGCUCAAAAUGGCUUAGUGUAGCAAUUGGUGCAAGAAUUUGGUACUUUUCUGGUCUGUGUCAUAAUAUUUAUUGUACUUAUGCACACAGCUGUCAGAGAGAAGUGCUAAUACUUGGAGGAUUUUGCAUUCCUUUGUGCUUUUUAAUAUUUCUGUUUGCAAACAUUUCAAAUAAACAGAAAAUGACUUAU